AGAAGAAAAAUGGAGGCGGCAGUGUUCAUUCUGUCUCUGGUGGACUGCUGUGCACUGAUUUUCCUCUCGGUCUACUUUGUAUCCUUUUCUUCUCUGUGUUUUCAGAUGCUUGUCGAGUCUAUCCGCCGACCCGGCUGGCUAGCAGGAAGCCCUGAAGAAUGCUUUUCUUUCUUGGGUGAUUCCAGAGAUGGUUGGCCAGUGUCUUUCCACCAUGCUGAUGCUGGUCUCCAUGCACUGGUUCAUCUUCCUCCUCAACCUGCCUGUAGCAGUCUGGAACAUUUAUAGAUACGCAAAGGUUCCGAUGGGCAACAUGGGUGUGUUUGACCCCACUGAGAUCCACAACCGAGGUCAGCUCAAGUCCCACAUGAAGGAGGCCAUGAUCAAACUGGGUUACCACCUGCUCUGCUUCUUCAUUUAUUUGUACAGCAUGAUCCUGGCUCUGAUCAAUGACUGAAGCACCCAGCAAGCUCUCAGACCCCCAGCUGCCAAAUUCCAAACUCCAGGGUGUGCUGUGUCCCCCUCACAUCCUGCUCCUCUACUGUAUGCAUACAAUCUUUCAGAACACCAGAUCGCUGCAUUCUUAAUACUGUUCUUUGGGUUGUCAAAACCCCAGAGUUUUGACUUUGAAACAAUAUGUAUAUUUAAACAUUUAACACUCUACUACCAUCACGACAAAAUCUCCUACAACUGCGGUGUUAUUGUGAAGUGGACUGUAAUUAAUUUUAUUCCAACCUCUGUCUGCAGCAGUGAGUCAUUACAACAGCUUCCAGUGACUGUAAGAAGAAAUACUGUUACGAAGCACAAUACUGAGUCAUAGCAUGGUCUUGGGAAAAGGCCAUUAUUGUCUCAAACAAGAGCUGCACGGUAUGCUAAAACAAUCAUUUUACAGAUAUUGUCAUUUUUUCCUGGCAGAUAUUACAAGUGUGAUAUCAUUCACCAUUAAUGCUAAUGAUUGUUUUUGCAUCGCAGUUUUCAUUUCUUACUGAGACAGCUAUUAAAACCCUGAUUUGUUGGGGUCUGUACCAAACAAGCAUGUUUAUAUUUGUAGGCCAGGUACAGUAUGUCACUAUAAUGCUGUUUUGUUUCACAUUAGACCUUUAUUCUUCACUCAAGCUGUUCUAUAUCAGUGAACACUCUGACUGCUGACUAAGCAUGUUGCAUUGGGGGGCUCUGUGAUUGGCCAGUCAGUUGUGUGUUUUUCCUUUUUUUUUCCACUUGUGCUUUUUCUUUUGUCUUGUUUAAUACUUUAUAGUUGCAGCUGCAGUUUAAAACCCUUACAAUGAGACUAUGAAAUGUUUGUGACUCCUCGCUGUUCUUGGGCAAGACCACGGCAAGGUAUUUCCUCUUGCACAGGCACAGUGCAUACAGAUAUGUGACAAGUUAACAUAUCAGUUAAAUCCAACUUUAAAGCUGCAGUCGGUAACUUUAAUAGAAACAGCUUUUUGAAAUUUGCUGAAACUUCCUGACAGUAGUACAUGAGACAGAUAAUCUGUGAAACAAUCAGGUUCCUCCGGCUCCUCCUAGUGCUCCUAAUGGCAUUUCAAGAAUCCACAGGGCCUGGACGAAAACAACCAAUCUUCCUUAGAAUCUGUCAAUCAAUUAAUCUUAGUUACCGACUGCAGCUUUAAGUAAUAAGAAGUUAAGUAACAAUAUAAACAAUCAACAAAGGUAAAUAAAAUCUAAAACAUAAAGCCCUUACAAGGAGCUUUCGUUUUGUGUCGAUUCUGGCUGCCCCUAUGGACAAAAGAGGUAUUGUUUCCUUAACAUAUUUCAUUGAUUUCAAGGGGAAUCUGACCUUGUGGCAGGCAUUAAGAAUAACUACAUAGAAAUAGCCAGUCUUCUCACUGAUGUUCUUGUUUGUUUAGGUAGAUCAUAUGUGAGUAUUAAACCGUUUGGACGAGAUAAGACAAAAAUAUAUGAAAUAAUUAAAAGAGUUAAGAAAAAGCCAUAAGUUGAAGAUGAGAUGUAAAAGAGGGUACAGAGGUGGAGAGCGCUGCCAUAGGUGUACAGCUGGGUUUAUCUGGUGACUCACAUCACUGUUAUCAUCCCCUCUGUGUUACCUGUCUGUGUGUCAUGGCCUUGCUCUCUUCCUGUUAUUGCUCCUACAUGUUCCUGAACUCCUGCUCUUUUCACAUGAAGCUUACAUAACGUUAUAUUUGGUUGAAGGAUCAAAGUUUUUUAAACAAGAUGUUGAAACCAGCGGCUUGUGAUGGUACUGCAGCGUAAAACUCUUGACAACAGCAGUGAUCAGAUCCUGUUCUGAGACCUUAUAUGCAUACUGUAUGUGACCUGCCAGACUGCCGCAAUCACACAAACACACACAAAAGUUUGUCAUAUUUGCCUCAGUAUGUGUAUCAUUAAUUGUGAUUGUCUGAUCAGUCAGCUACAGCAAAGAGGGAAAGACAAUCACACACACACACACACACACACACACACAAAGUGUUUUGCUAUAUAAAAGGUUGUUCUAUUCAGUCUGGAAAUCAUGAUACUGUGUGUACGUACUGAUGUUGUAUUCUGACUAAGAAUUUGAAUCAUGCACUGAUGUUUACUGACUUCAGCAUCGAACACACACCGCAUGUUAAAGUCUGACAUUCCCUGUUUCGUCUGUCUGGGACAAUGGAUGUGUGUGUGCACUCCUCUACAGACUGUUGUUGUGUGUUACAGCCUUUUGUGUGAGCCAUGUGCAGGUAUUCUGGAGCCAUUUCUCUCUUCAGUGUGGGUGAACUGGGAGGACUGCUGGUGAACAAACUCAUGUCUGAUAUCACACUAAACUGUCGUACGCAGUGUUAAGUUUCUGUUUUUGGAGGGAAGUGUGGUGUUUCAUAAAUAAAAAUCAAAGGCAA